CUUUUGGACGUGGGGAAAAAGUGAGUGGGCUCAACUACCAUAAUGCUAUUUUGAUAAGGCUCAACAUAAACUCUCACUCGCUCUCACUCUCAGCUAUUAUUUAUUUAUUUAUUUCGCCAAUAGCCAAGUACUACGUAUUUUAUGGUCUCGGGGAGAGGUAAUUAAUUGACGAGGCCGGAGUGGAGACUCAUAUAAAAGACACAGCUACAGCCUACAGAGCUAGGAUUGCUUCAAUUUCUUUCCAAUGGAGGCCAAUGCUGAAAGCAUGCACUCCCACUGCUUGGAAAUAGCCAUGGAAGCACACAAGGUUGUCCCACCACCCACUAAGAGCACCGUAGAGAAGCUCAAGACCAGGCUCAAGGAAACCUUCUUCCCCGAUGAUCCUUUGCGCCAAUUCAAAGGACAGCCAAUGAAGAAGAAAUUAAUACUUGCAGCUCAGUAUGUCUUUCCUAUUCUUCAAUGGGGUCCUAAUUACAGCAUCAAACUCUUCAAGUCCGACAUCGUUUCUGGUCUCACCAUUGCUAGUUUAGCCAUUCCCCAGGGAAUCAGUUAUGCUAAGCUUGCUAACCUGCCUCCUAUUGUGGGCCUCUAUUCCAGCUUUGUUCCUCCAAUUGUGUAUGCUGUUCUGGGAAGUUCUAGGGACCUAGCAGUAGGACCAGUUUCUAUUGCUUCUCUUGUACUGGGAUCCAUGCUUAUGCAAGAAGUAUCUCCCAAUAAGGACCCCCUCCUGUUUCUUCAACUAGCCUUUACUUCAACCUUCUUCGCUGGUCUCUUCCAAGCUUCUUUAGGCUUCCUAAGGCUUGGUUUCAUAAUUGACUUUCUUUCAAAAGCUACUCUUAUUGGAUUCAUGGCUGGGGCGGCAAUCAUAGUCUCCCUUCAACAGCUUAAAGGCCUCCUCGGAAUCACUCAUUUCACUAAACAAAUGGGCGUUGUUCCUGUUUUAAGCUCUGUUUUCCACAACACAAAAGAGUGGUCAUGGCAAACCAUACUGAUGGGUUUUUGCUUCCUUGUCUUUCUCUUACUGGCAAGACAUGUUAGCAUGAGAAAACCAAAGCUGUUCUGGGUGUCAGCUGGAGCCCCUCUUGCAUCCGUUAUCCUCUCAACCCUCCUCGUCUUCGCAUCCAAGGCUAAUCACCAUGGCAUCAGCGUCAUCGGAAAAUUGCAACAAGGAUUGAACCCACCUUCAUGGAACAUGUUGCACUUUCAUGGCUCCCACCUGGGCCUGGUAAUCAAAACUGGCAUUGUUACUGGCAUCUUAUCCCUCACUGAAGGCAUCGCAGUUGGAAGAACUUUUGCUGCUCUAAAGGACUACCAAGUGGAUGGAAACAAGGAGAUGAUAGCAAUUGGGUUAAUGAAUAUGAUUGGCUCCUCCACUUCUUGCUACGUUACAACAGGUGCUUUCUCUCGGUCAGCUGUGAAUCACAAUGCAGGAGUAAAAACAGCAGCAUCAAACAUAGUAAUGUCAGUGACGGUGAUGGUGACGCUCCUGUUCCUUAUGCCUCUCUUCCAAUAUACACCAAAUGUUGUUCUGGGUGCAAUCAUUGUCACCGCUGUUGUUGGCCUCAUCGAUAUCCCUUCUGCAUAUCACAUUUGGAAGGUUGACAAGUUCGACUUUGUCGUCACCUUAUGUGCCUUCUUCGGUGUUAUUUUCAUCUCUGUCCAAGAAGGCCUUGCCAUUGCAGUUGGAUUAUCCAUUUUCAAGAUCCUUCUGCAAAUUACAAGGCCAAAAACAGUGAUGCUGGGGAAAAUACCUGGGACAGAUAUAUACCGAAAUCUUCACCAUUAUGAGGAAGCUUCAAGAGUCCCUGGUUUCCUCAUUCUAAGCAUUGAAUCUCCCAUAAACUUUGCUAACAUCACGUAUCUGAAUGAAAGGAUUUUGAGAUGGAUAGAAGAAUAUGAAGCCGAAGAAGAUAUGAAAAAACAAUCAAGCUUUCGAUUUUUUAUUUUGGAAAUGUCAGCUGUGAGCGCCGUAGACACAAGCGGAAUAUCUCUCUUCAAGGUUUUGAGGAAAGCAAUGGAAAAGAAAGGUGUUGAGCUGGUAUUGGUGAAUCCUCUGAGUGAGGUUAUGGAGAAACUUCUAAAGGCAGAUGAAGCUCGUGAUUUCAUGAAACCCGACAACCUUUUCAUGACGGUUGGAGAAGCUGUAGCUUCACUUUCAAUAAGAACGAAGGGUCAGUCGUCAACCACAUAUCAUGAAGGGACAUAGACAAGUUUUGCUUACUGUAAAUUACUUGUUUGAUCAAUAGUCAAGAAUAAAAUGAAUAAUAUUGGAUACAUAUCAAGCAUUCUAAUUUCUACAUUGUUAAGAAUAUUUUAUAUUAUUCCCUAGGUUUAUUUUC